UGUCCAGGGGCAGCAGCCUUGGGCACCCGGAAAGGGACUCCCUCGGAGGAAGUGGGUGGCAGGCAGUGAGAGAGGGAGCCGGAGCCCUGUCUGAGCAGCUUCAGCAUCCCGGAGCAGCCGCCAGAGCGGAGGCUGGCUCCGUCGCCUCUCCUCUUUGGCACAGACUUUGCCAGCUUGUGAGCGAUUCAAACAAGUGGCUCCGGCAUCACUUUGGAGUGGUGGCUCCGAAGAGCGAGGCUCCCGCUUGCCCAGCUCUUCCUUCCUUCGUAGCUGCUCGCCGCUGCCGCCGUUCCCUGGCUUCCCCCCACACCCCUCCUCUCUUUUUAUUUGAGGAUGAAAUAAUGUUGACAUGCCUUGAAUUAUUAAGUAUCCCCUGGAUUUUAUUAGCGCACGAUGCCUAAAUGCUGCUUGUAUCUGGCGGGGUCUUAACCGGGCGUUCGGAGGAGCGGCACACACAGCGGCGCAGGGAGCGGCGGGCAGCUGGGCUUGUGCAGAUAAGCGAACUGAAACACCAGGAGGAGAUCACUAGUGAGACGAGAGCCAAGCGGCGACCGGGAGCUCCUGGGAGACAGGGGCCAGGCUCCCCAGUCCUCCCUCUCCUCGGCUGGGCUUCCUAAUUUAGGGGCGUCCUGCAGCAGCCAGGGGAGAGCGGCCGGUGCCGGGCAACCCAGGCUCCCGCUGCCUCCCCUCGCUGGGGGGGUAGCGUGCUGCCUGGUGCCUCGGCACAGAUGCCGAUUGAGAUUGUCUGCAAAAUCAAAUUUGCAGAGGAGGAUGAGAAGCAGGCGGCGAAAGAGGAAGGGGACAAGGAGAGCUUGCUAGAGGAGCCCAGCCGGCCACGCCACCGUGACCUGGCUGCCUUUGCCAGCACCAGCACCCUGCACGGCCUGGCCCACAUUUGCCGCUCGGGGCAGCUGGGCAUCCGGCAGGCCCUCUGGGCGCUCGCGUUCGUGGCCUCGCUGGCCUUUUUCUUGUACCAAGCAGCCCGGUCAGCACUCUUCUACCUGGAGCACCCACAUGUCACCACCCUGGACGAGGAGGCGACCCAGAAGAUGAUCUUCCCGGCCAUCACCAUCUGCAACAUCAACCGCUUCCGCCACUCCGCACUGACCGAUGCCGAUAUCUUCCACCUGGCCAACAUGACUGGGCUGCCACCCAAGGACCGUGAUGGACACAAGGCCUCUGACCUGCUCUACCCUGACCCAGACAUGGCCGACAUUGUCAACCGCACUGGGCACCAGCUGGAUGACAUGCUCAAGAACUGCAGCUUCAGCGGCGAGAACUGCUCUGCGGAGAACUUCACCGUGGUCUACACCCGCUAUGGGAAAUGCUACACAUUCAAUGGUGAUCGAAACAAGCCACGGGUGACUCGCCAGAGUGGAAUGGGCAACGGGCUGGAGAUCAUGUUGGAUAUCCAGCAGGAGGAGUAUCUGCCCAUCUGGAGAGAGACCAAUGAGACAUCAUUUGAAGCCGGGAUUCGGGUACAGAUUCACAGCCAGGAUGAACCACCCUACAUCCAUCAGUUGGGGUUUGGAGUCUCUCCUGGUUUCCAGACCUUUGUGUCCUGCCAGGAGCAACGGCUGACAUACCUGCCCCAGCCUUGGGGGAGCUGCCGGGCCAGCAUGAAGGGAGAACAGUUUCUGCCUGGCUAUGAGAGCUACAGCAUUGCGGCUUGCAGGCUGCAGUGCGAGAAGGAGGCUGUGGUGCGGAACUGCCAGUGCCGUAUGGUGCAUAUGCCAGGUAAUGAGACCAUCUGCUCACCCAACGUCUACAUUGAAUGUGCUGACCACACGCUAGAUACAGCCGUCGAAGAUUCCCAGGAACGCUGUGUGUGUCCCACGCCCUGCAACAUGACACGCUAUGGCAAGGAGAUCUCUAUGGUGCGCAUUCCCAACAAGGGAUCGGCCCGGUAUCUGGCUCGCAAGUACAACCGCAAUGAGACCUACAUCCGGGAGAACUUCUUGGUGCUGGACAUCUUCUUUGAGGCUCUAAACUAUGAGUCGAUUGAGCAGAAGAAGGCGUACAACCUGGCAGGGCUUCUGGGAGACAUUGGAGGCCAAAUGGGCCUCUUCAUCGGGGCCAGCGUCCUCACUGUCUUGGAAAUCCUUGACUACAUCUAUGAGGUGAUCCGCGACAAGGUGGCCCAUGGCCUACGACGUCCCAAACCUCCUCUGAAGAAGCCUUCAGGCAGCAUUGCCACCUUAGGACUGGAGGAGAUGAAGGAGCAGAGCCCCUGUGAGACCCUGGGCCGUCACUCAGAGGGCACCUACCCCACAGGCCUCCUGCCGAACCAUCACCAUCGCCACCACUACUCGCCCCAAGGGGUCUUUGAAGACUUUGCUUGCUAGUCCAGCCCGGGCACCGCUCCCCACCGAAGGGCGGUAGCGCUGCUGGAGCAGCUCGGGGCACAGCAGGUCCUACCCUGUGCUAACAGCCCUUCCAAGUCGCAAGGCCAGUCCCAAGCCACCUUCUCCCACCUCUUCAGGCUUUCAAAAGGCAUUUGAUGCUUUGAGCCCCCUUCUUCCUGUAGCCCCUUGUCCUAUCCGCUGCCCAGUCCAGCUGGCGCUCCUCUCUAAGGCUUAGUGCCCCCACCAUAUUGAAGCACAGAGAGAGCAUCCGCUGCCAUGAUCAGGGAGGCAGAAUGGCCUCUGCACUGCUCCACGGAUAGGAAAAGGCUUCAUUGGGGCAGUCUGUCCUGAGCGGCAAAGUGGGAGGAAGGGCAACGGGGAACAUGGAGUACGCUCGGGAGCAAAGAUGCUGUCUCAGGAGAGAGAGAGAGGCAGAAAUCUAUUCCAGAGCCUAGUCUGAUGAGGUAGCAGCAACCAACCAGCUGUUCACAACCCUACGUGGCAGCGUCUGCCUCUGCCACAAACUCCACCUGGCAGUCAUAAUGUUCCUUCCAACACCUUUCACUUCGUAUAGUCCUCCUGUCCAGCAUUAGUAUUCUUCCUUACACCUAUUCCCCAACCCUUACAUACAUGCAUUACAUACUCAUCACAAUAUUACAUGCACACAGGGGUGUCUCAGGGCAGAAAACAGGUUCUGUGUCCCAUUCACUACUGUUGGGCAAUGCCCUGUGCCCUGUUGCCUGCUUCUUGCUGUCCACACUGGGAUUGAACCUAUAACAGGGUUCAAGACCAUAAAUCCUUCCCUUAAAGAAAGAACCAGGAUGUGCCCCUUUAGCAUAUGGGCACUGCCCCACCCCACCCCACGGCUUCACCCCUCCCUUAUCCCCCUCAGAACUGUAUAUUUGUACAUAACUGUUUUGGGCCUGUGGUUUUUAGCCAGAUAUUCAGUCCUUCAUUGCUGCAGCUGCCCCCUGCUGGUGUUGCCAAGAACUGCUGGUAAGGCCGGGCACUGAUAUAGACAUCAGAAUCUCAGGUUUCCUCCAGGCCCAAGUGCAGAGGCAGAUUCAGCAGGAGGUUGCUGGCAGCAACAAAGCCCAGGUUUCUUUGGGGCACCACUUCCCAGAUGUACAGCCUUUUCCCUUCCCUGCAUUGUCCAUCCAUCCUCCUCCUCCAACAGCAUUCAGGGUCCAAGCCAAAAAUAACUGUCCCACCCCCCAGGAGAAAGGAAGGAGUCCUUUAGGGUCCCGCACAACACCAAGGGGUGGAUAAGAGCUCACACAGUCCCCUAGGACUCAGGCCCAUAGACCGCACUCAGUAGCAGAAUUGUCCAGUGUGGGGGGGCGGGGGGAAUUGAUGAAUCCUCAAGUGCUGGGGAUUGGUCCUCCAGAAGCAUAUUGGGGGAGGAGCAGAAAAUGUGUGUCAACCUCUAGCUUUGUGGCAGAGCCCCGAGAAAAGGUACGACAGGAAAAAGCCAAUCAAACCACCUUGUGCUGUCUUUGUGGGGCAAGGGAAUGUCCCAGAACCCCGGCAACAGCUUCCAGCCCUCAUGUAGCAAACCAGAGGGGGGCCCGGCCAGCAUGCACCCUUAGACACACAAAGAUCUCUCACAGAGACCUGCCCCACAAUUAGGGAAGUGUGCUUGUACUUCUGGGGGUGCAUAUUCAGGAAGGAACGUGGCACUCACAGGAAUAUGCUGCAAACGCUCUCCCCAUCUUCCAGUGAAAACACCAAGAUCUUGUGUAGAUCAAUUUAAAAAGUCAAGGGCAUCGAGGCUAUGAGCUGCUGUAGAGGCAUUAGGAUGUUGAUGGUAACAUCCACCUGCCUGCCCGCUGGAAAUGUGUGUGAUUCCAAGGGGUGCAGCCUUGCAGGGUGCGUGGAGCUCUCACUGGGACCAAGCCAAGGAUCUUCCCGGGAGGGGCUUAUCAUUCCAUAACUUUAUUGAGCGCGAGUCGCUGUUUUACAAAUGUACAAGAUUCUCCCAAUAAAGAGGCACAAGUAGAACUCCA